AUGGCGGACCCAGUUGUUAAGCCCGACCCGGCUGUCAAGCCCGACCCCGACACCCUCCAAGGCGGAUCCCCGAUGGCCAUCGAUGCAUAUGAAGACGACGUCGGCGACCUCGAUCUGGACUUCUACGCGCCAAAAGACCCCGGCGGCAACCAGACUGCCCAGGACAGCCUUUUCAUGGCUCGCGUGCCCACUUACGUCUGGGCUGCCUGGGACAAGAUUGACGACGAUACCCCAAUCGAGAUCGGAAAGCUGCGCCUCUGGAGCGAGCCAGACAAAAGGGGCAUGUCCAAGAGGAAGAUGAGGCUUCUGCUUAAGAGCAAUGUCUCCGCCCACCAGGGUCUGCCACGCGAGUAUGACCUGGACGAGACCAACCUGGAAGUCAAAAACACCUUCAUCUUCACCGAGUCCGACAUCGACGGCUUCAAAAACAAGAACAAACUGCGCAAGGACGCUGCCGACCAGAACAUCCCCUCCUAUCUCCUGCGAGCCAAGGUGGAGAAACCGGCUCAGCAGAACUCCCGUGGCGGACGAGGACGGCGAGGAAGGGAUACUUUUAGACAAGUCAUUCCCAAAAAAACCGCCAUCUAUGGCCGCAUCUCUCAGGAAGUCAACAUGAACCCAAUAGACAACCCAGAGACCGCGUACCUUAUGGCCGUCCGCGCGCAGGAGCAAGUAACACCAAAGAACACAACCCAGAUCAUCGACCGUUUCACCGUCACCAACAACGUGGUCCAGGUUGGCACCACGCAAGCCACCAAGGCCUUCGAGACCUUCAUCAAAGACACGCGCACGCAGACCAAGAAGGCCAAGGCCGAGGCCAAGACCGCACGCAUGCCGGAGAACGAGCUUCUGGACAAGAUCUUCCAGUGUUUCCGACAGUACAACUACUGGUCGCUCAAGGCUCUUCGAUCUGCGAUUCCUCAACCCGAGGUUUAUCUUCGAUCGACCCUGGAGAAGGUGGCCGACUUGCACAAAAGCGGGCGGUUCGCUAACAACUGGAGCUUAAAGGCAGAGCACCAGGACAUCGGCGCACAGGCCAUGGCGGAAACAGCGCCCACCAUGAACUUCGGAGAGGAUUCCGAGGACGAGGAGAUGGAGGACGUCCAGAUUCAGUGA